CAGCUUUUUUAAGGGUACAAAUUCUUUCUGAAAUAAAUCGCCCAACGCUCUCGCACAGCACAGCAACGCAAACCAAACCGAUCCGACUCCCCGCCCCCACACACCCACAAACACCAAGCAAGCCUUCUUCUUCUUCCUCUCAGUUUCUCCGCCCACUCCCCACUCUCUCUCUCUCUCUCUCUCUCUCUCUCUCUCUCUCUCUCUGUUCUUUAUCUUAUAAAUUUGUACCCGUUCACUUUCUCUCUUCAUUUUCAUCCUCUCUUUCUCUCUGCCCUGUGUUACAUCGAUUCGUUAUAUCUCGUUGAUCAAAUGGCCGCCGUUUUUCAAGGAUUGGGAGCCGCGACGGCUUUAUCGGUCUCCAAUUCUCUCGACUCCAGGAAGUUCCUGGUCUCGUCUCGCAAAUCCCUUUCAGAGAGGAAAGCAAGCUUUUUGGUAGUCAGAUCUGAUGGAAGGGUGGUCCCGCGCUCUAACGCGAGAGGACGCAGGGCUGAGCAGUUGAUUACUAAUGCAGUUGCAACGAAGCCCGACAGUUCUGCAGCUUCUACUACUUCAAAACCUGGGCAUGAACUUUUACUUUUUGAAGCCCUAAGAGAAGGCCUGGAAGAAGAAAUGGACAGGGAUCCCCAUGUGUGUGUGAUGGGUGAAGAUGUGGGUCAUUAUGGAGGGUCAUACAAGGUGACUAAAGGCCUGGCUGAUAAGUAUGGGGAUCUCAGGGUUCUUGACACUCCUAUUGCUGAAAACUCCUUUACAGGCAUGGGUAUUGGAGCUGCCAUGACUGGUCUGAGGCCAAUUAUUGAGGGUAUGAAUAUGGGAUUUCUCCUUUUAGCUUUUAACCAGAUCUCCAACAACUGUGGCAUGCUCCACUAUACAUCUGGUGGCCAGUUUAAAAUUCCUGUAGUUAUUCGUGGACCUGGUGGAGUUGGUCGGCAACUCGGGGCUGAACAUUCCCAGCGUCUUGAGUCAUAUUUUCAAUCAAUCCCUGGAAUACAAAUGGUGGCAUGCUCAACCCCAUAUAAUGCCAAGGGCUUGAUGAAAGCUGCAAUUCGAAGUGAGAACCCAGUGAUACUUUUUGAGCAUGUUUUGCUUUACAACCUCAAGGAAAGAAUUCCAGAUGAAGAAUAUAUCUGUUCUCUUGAAGAAGCUGAGAUGGUUAGGCCUGGGGAGCAUGUCACAAUCUUAACCUACUCCCGGAUGAGGUAUCAUGUAAUGCAGGCAGCUAAAACUUUGGUGAAUAAGGGCUAUGAUCCUGAAGUAAUUGACAUCAGGUCACUGAAACCUUUCGAUCUUUACACGAUUGGGAAUUCAGUGAAAAAGACGCAUCGUGUGCUGAUAGUAGAGGAGUGCAUGCGGACCGGUGGGAUUGGUGCUAGUUUGACAGCUGCUAUUACUGAGAACUUCCACGACUAUUUGGACGCCCCGAUUGUAUGUCUGUCUUCGCAGGACGUGCCAACCCCAUAUGCUGGGACAUUGGAGGAAUGGACCGUGGUUCAGCCAGCCCAGAUAGUAACAGCAGUUGAGAAGCUGUGCCAGUAAAUCAGUCCAGCAGUUAUGAGAUAAAAGAGUGGUUUUCCACGCUGGGCAAGCAACCUUCUUUGCAGCUUCGUUUUAGAAAUCUUUGUUCGGUUUUUAAGUUUUAUUUGCAUUUUUGGUUUUUUGAAACUUCCGACUAUUCUUCAAAGGUUUUCUUCUUUGUUCUUGACCUCCUUUUACUUCUGGUGUGUGAGCUAGAUCUUCCCUCAUCGUCCUCCAUCCUCAAUUUCUGGUUAAAGGGCCUCUUUUCAUUUUUUAUGAAAAGAUGCACUGGUGUUAAGAAUGGUCUAAUUUAUUCCAUGAGAAAUGUAAUGUUUUUUUUUUUUUUUUUUUUAAUCCGAAUAAAUUAGAAAUGUAAUGUUAAAGUAGGCUGUAUACUACACA